GGAACGCGGCGGUAUAGAGGAUACUUCACUUCCCAGGUCCACCAAGGUCCUGAGGUGUAAGUGGCCGACUCGCGGCCCCGGAGGCCGAGGAAGGUCGCGGGAAUCUGCGCGUUGGCAUUAUCCGCCUGUGCUCUUCCCCUCUUCUCAUCCUGCGUCACGUCGCCAUGAAGGACUCGCUGGUGCUGCUGGGCCGUGUUCCGGCGCACCCAGACUCGCGCUGCUGGUUCUUGGCCUGGAACCCCGCAGGAACUCUGCUGGCUUCGUGCGGGGGCGACCGCAGAGUCCGCAUCUGGGGCAUGGAGGGUGACAACUGGAUCUGCAAAUCUGUCCUUUCUGAAGGCCACCAGCGCACUGUGAGGAAGGUGGCUUGGUCUCCCUGUGGCAAUUACUUGGCCUCUGCCAGCUUUGAUGCUACCACUUGCAUUUGGAAGAAGAAUCAGGAUGACUUUGAGUGUGUGACCACCCUGGAAGGCCAUGAAAAUGAAGUCAAGUCAGUGGCCUGGGCCCCAUCUGGCAACCUCCUUGCUACCUGCAGUCGAGAUAAGAGUGUGUGGGUCUGGGAAGUUGAUGAAGAAGAUGAGUACGAAUGUGUCAGUGUCCUCAACUCCCAUACACAGGAUGUCAAGCAUGUGGUCUGGCACCCAAGCCAGGAGCUGUUAGCUUCUGCAAGCUAUGAUGACACAGUGAAGCUCUAUCGGGAGGAAGAGGAUGACUGGGUAUGCUGUGCCACCCUUGAGGGCCACGAAUCCACUGUAUGGAGCUUGGCCUUUGACCCCAGCGGCCAGCGUCUAGCGUCUUGCAGUGAUGACCGUACCGUGCGCAUCUGGCACCAGUAUCUGCCAGGCAAUGAGCAAGGGGUGGCAUGCAGCAGCUCUGAUCCCAGCUGGAAAUGUGUCUGUACUUUGUCAGGCUUCCACUCCAGGACCAUUUACGACAUUGCUUGGUGUUCGCUGACCGGGGCCCUGGCUACAGCUUGUGGGGAUGAUGCCAUCCGAGUGUUUGAGGAGGACCCUGGCUCAGAUCCGCAGCAGCCCACCUUCUCCUUGACAGCCCACUUGCCUCAGGCCCAUUCCCAGGAUGUCAACUGCGUGGCCUGGAACCCCAAGCAGCAGGGACUCCUGGCCUCUUGCAGUGAUGAUGGGGAGGUGGCCUUCUGGAAGUAUCAGCAGCCUGAAGUCCUCUGAGCCACCGCUACUUAGGACAGAAUCAUAAGACUUUCCUAGCCCAAGAGGACUUGAAGGAGCAGCCUGGCCUUCAUUUAACGUGGCUCUCUCCCAGUCAGAGCUGGGUAGAUGUGCAGGGCCACAGGACCACACACUGUUUCCCUCCUUCAACGUGGGGCCCUUUGUGAACAACUACAGAACAGCAGUACUUUGUAGUUAUGCCACAGAUUUUGCUUCCCUUUAGGUCAAAGUUAUGGGGGUGGGGUGAGUGUGAUACUUAUAAUCACCAUGUCUAUAUGUAGGAGGGUUGUAUCUCAGAACUUUUUGAAAUUGUAAGCCUUAUAAAAAUAAUCCCUGAGUCCCAAGUCAUGUUUAUAUUAUGACAUUCACAAUUUAAAACAUUUCCAUGAUGAGUCCUUUUCUGAAAUAGGUCCUGCCUUCUUGAUUUCUAAUUCCUUGCAUUUAAGACAUUUGAUAAAUAUUGAAGGAUGAUAUAUUUUUUUAGUGUAGACUAGUUUGAAGACACCUCUGCUUUCCUUUAGAAACCCUCGUGUAUCUUCUGUGCCUACAGGGAAUGCCAAAAAAAUUAAUGGGGAAGGGUGUGAACCCUAAAAGGUAGAGUUACUGGCCUCAGGCCAUACAUUCUCAGUGGGGCUGCAAAUUGGUACUUGGGUGGAGGACAAAAGAAACCUUAGAGAUAAUAGCUUGUGGUCAUCCAAGGGACCGCAGUACAUCUGUGGUAUUAAAUUUUCAUGGUGUGGGCAAGUAGGAUUUUGGUUUCCGAUACAGCUCCUUAGAAUGAUAAUGAAAAAAGGUAGAGAAUUACUGCCAUAGGCGGUCACUUCUGCCAUCUCACUAAAGUUCCCUUGUGUCACCAGAUAGGGGUUUUGCCUUGAGGACUGUUCCCCAAAUCAGUGAGGACUUCACUGAUUUUUAUACUACAGAAGUAAUGACCAUAGAGGAGAUAGCGGGGGCAAUACAAAGGCAGUGUUUCUCAAAUGUGCUCUAGAUCUCUGGGAGUCCGGAGUGCCUGAGGGCCAAGGGGCAGGGAGGUGAGCUGUUGCCCUGUUGGCAGGAGCCAUGGCAGCAGCACCAGCUAGUGGUGGUAGUCUUCACUGCCUCGCUUACAGCAAAAGUACUGCCAACUCCACUUAGAAAUGUCUGAGAACAAAUACAAAUCAAUUGUAUAAAACCUUGACCUUUGGGAACACCGCCAUGUUGUGACAAUGGCAGCAUGCAGACAGCACAGUGAAGUGCAUCUUGAGGAAAAGUGGUUAUGUAGCUAAAUUGCAGGCUGAAUGAGGUAUGUACCAUUUAUACUUGUAGCAAAUUACAGGAUUAAAACCUGACUACUUGGUAGAGGGUUUCUGGGAAAUGAGCCUUUCACACCAAGGGUAACUAAACAGCACUGCCAACAAUCAAGCAUUCAAGCAAAACUUAGAAUUUUGGAAAACUCCGAUAGACACCUCAGUACGCAUCAGCUCCAGACUCAUCCAACUCUGUAGUGCUCACAUUUUCCAGGAAAAUACAUUUCAGCACUCAGCACUUGCUAGAACUUGUAUGAGUCAGCCAAUGCCCACCAAGAGAAAAUGCUUCAUUGUUCAGCACUCAUCAGUUUCAGCAUUCAUCAUGAGUUCUGGAACAAAUUAAUGACGAGUACCAAGGUACCACUGUACUUAGAUUCUUCUGAGAUUGGUGGUGAUACUAACGAAUGUGAUUUGUAUGAUGAAAUGUGUUGACAUUUGAAAGAUCUGCAUGAUUCAGUAAAUCAGCAUUUUCCAAAUGAUUAAUGUGUGAUGUUACAGAAUCAUUCAUGGACAAGAGAUAAGAGACCUGUGGACUUAAUGUAACAGUAUAGGAAGCUCAUUGAUAAAGUCUCAGAUUCCACAUUGCACUUGAGAAACUAUCAUUUGUAGAGUGUCACUAUUAGCAUCAAGUAGCCAGUUUCCAAAGCUAUUAAAAACUUCCUUUCCAACUGUU